CGCAUUCCCCGCCGCGGCCCGCGGGGCCCUGCUGGCAACUCCGGCCUCCCGAGGAGGCCCGGCCCCGAGCGCCGCUGAGUCUCGCCGCGUCUCGCGAGAGGCCAAGUUGAAGGAACAUGGCGACGUCUAAUCUGUUAAAGAAUAAAGGUUCUCUCCAGUUUGAAGACAAGUGGGAUUUCAUGCGUCCAAUUGUUUUGAAGCUUUUACGCCAGGAAUCUGUAACAAAACAGCAGUGGUUUGAUCUGUUUUCGGAUGUACAUGCAGUCUGUCUCUGGGAUGAUAAAGGCUCAUCAAAAAUCCAUCAGGCUUUAAAAGAAGAUAUUCUUGAAUUUAUUAAGCAAGCACAAGCACGUGUACUGAGCCAUCAAGAUGAUACAGCGUUGCUAAAGGCAUAUAUUGUUGAAUGGAGAAAGUUCUUCACACAAUGUGAUAUUUUACCAAAACCUUUUUGUCAGCUAGAGGUUACCUUAUUGGGUAAACAAAGCAGCAAUAAAAAAUCAAAUAUGGAAGAUAGUAUUGUUCGAAAGCUCAUGCUUGAUACGUGGAAUGAGUCAAUUUUUUCAAAUAUAAAAAACAGACUCCAGGAUAGUGCAAUGAAGCUGGUGCACGCUGAGAGAUUAGGGGAAGCUUUUGAUUCUCAGCUGGUCAUAGGAGUUCGAGAGUCCUAUGUUAACCUUUGUUCUAAUCCUGAGGACAAGCUUCAGAUCUAUAGGGAUAAUUUUGAGAAGGCAUAUUUGGACUCAACAGAGAGAUUUUAUAGAACACAGGCACCCUCGUAUUUACAGCAGAAUGGUGUGCAGAAUUACAUGAAAUAUGCAGAUGCUAAACUAAAAGAAGAAGAAAAAAGGGCCGUCCGUUACUUAGAAACAAGAAGAGAGUGCAACUCAGUCGAAGCGCUCAUGGAAUGCUGUGUAAAUGCGCUGGUGACCUCAUUUAAGGAGACUAUUUUAGCAGAAUGCCAAGGCAUGAUCAAGCGAAAUGAAACCGAAAAGUUACAUUUGAUGUUUUCAUUGAUGGACAAAGUUCCUAAUGGGAUAGAGCCAAUGUUGAAGGACCUAGAGGAGCACAUCGUCAGUGCUGGCCUGGCAGACAUGGUGGCGGCUGCUGAAACCAUCACUACUGACUCCGAGAAGUAUGUGGAGCAAUUACUUACAUUGUUUAAUAGGUUCAGUAAGCUCGUCAAAGAAGCUUUUCAAGAUGAUCCUCGCUUCCUUACUGCAAGAGAUAAGGCAUAUAAAGCAGUUGUUAAUGAUGCUACCAUAUUUAAACUUGAAUUGCCUUUGAAGCAAAAAGGAGUGGGAUUGAAAACUCAACCUGAAUCGAAAUGCCCUGAGUUGCUUGCCAAUUACUGUGACAUGUUGUUAAGGAAAACACCCUUAAGCAAAAAAUUAACCUCUGAGGAGAUUGAAGCAAAGCUUAAAGAAGUGCUCUUGGUACUUAAAUAUGUACAGAACAAAGAUGUUUUUAUGAGGUACCACAAAGCUCAUCUUACCCGGCGUCUCAUAUUGGACAUCUCUGCGGACAGUGAGAUUGAAGAAAACAUGGUAGAGUGGCUAAGAGAAGUUGGUAUGCCAGCAGAUUAUGUGAACAAGCUUGCUAGAAUGUUUCAGGACAUAAAAGUAUCUGAAGACUUGAACCAAGCUUUUAAGGAAAUGCACAAAAACAAUAAGUUGGCAUUACCAGCUGAUUCGGUUAAUAUAAAAAUUCUAAAUGCUGGAGCUUGGUCUAGGAGCUCUGAGAAAGUCUUUGUCUCACUUCCUACUGAACUGGAGGAUUUGAUUCCUGAAGUAGAAGAAUUUUACAAAAAAAAUCAUAGUGGUAGAAAAUUACAUUGGCAUCAUCUCAUGUCAAAUGGAAUUAUAACAUUUAAGAAUGAAGUAGGUCAAUAUGAUUUGGAAGUAACCACGUUUCAGUUGGCUGUGUUGUUUGCAUGGAACCAAAGGCCCAGAGAGAAAAUCAGCUUUGAAAACCUAAAACUUGCAACGGAACUGCCUGAUGCCGAACUUAGAAGGACUUUAUGGUCAUUAGUAGCUUUUCCCAAGCUCAAACGGCAAGUUUUGUUGUACGAACCUCAAGUCAACUCACCCAAAGACUUCACAGAAGGUACCCUCUUCUCAGUGAACCAGGAGUUCAGCUUAAUAAAAAAUGCAAAAGUUCAGAAAAGGGGAAAAAUUAAUUUGAUUGGACGCUUGCAGCUUACUACAGAAAGAAUGAGAGAAGAAGAAAAUGAAGGGAUAGUUCAACUAAGAAUAUUAAGAACCCAGGAAGCCAUCAUACAAAUAAUGAAAAUGAGAAAGAAAAUUAGCAAUGCUCAGCUGCAGACUGAAUUAGUAGAAAUUUUGAAAAACAUGUUCUUACCACAGAAGAAAAUGAUAAAAGAGCAAAUCGAAUGGCUGAUAGAGCACAAGUACAUCAGGAGAGAUGAGGCCGACAUCAACACGUUCAUCUACAUGGCAUAGCUGAGCCCUGAGCCACUGGUCCCGACCACAGACCCUGGAGCACCUGGGCAGAAAGCUGUCCCUGGUCAAGCUGGAGGAAGGUUUAUUUGGACUUUGAUUACAUAAAUAUUAAACUCUGCCUUACCUUACAAAACGACUAUAUUUUGCCAGUCACAUUAGUUAGCAUGAUGGCAUCCCCUUCAUGUUGCACACUCUUUAACAGCAUGCUGUUUUGUGGAGAAAAUUGCAUUCAUGAAGAGCCCAUUAUGAACUCACCAAGUCAAUUCAAUUUUACCCACCUAGAGAAAAAAACGUUUUGGAAGGAUGAGGGUGGGGUUCUUGUUAGUUCUUUUAUCCCCUUUUCCUCUUUAAAGGAAUAUACUUGCACAAGAAAGGAUACUCAGAUAUUCAUGCACUGAAAAAUGCUGUUUUGGGUUUUCUUUUUUCUUUUUUUUUUUUAAUGCAAUUAAAGCUAGAUGAAAGGAGUGACAUUGUCAACACCAUGUUGGGAAAGGGCAGGUGUACUUGAGAAGAUGAGUAUGUCAGUGUCAAGUUGUUUGUUAAACACUGCUUUCACCUUCAUAACUGGAUUUUAGUGGUAACCCGAAAAUGGUAUUAAAUAUUUCUACCUUAAAAAUCCUGAUUUUCAUUAAGCAGGAGACUGCUGUUUUAGUUGUUUGUUGUUAAAUGAUAAAGACUUGGGAUUUUCUUUCUUUUUAAAUCUUGUAUGGCUGGAGAGCUUGUUUUGAAAACAUGAAGGUUAUAAUGAAUGUUUUUCAGUUAAAAAAAUGUAUGGGUAUAGGUAAGUAAUUGAUUGCAGAAUCAGAAUUGCAAAGGAAACAUGUUAGGUGUGUUAUUAAUACACUCAAUACUUAUACACCUAAUAUUUAUUAUGCUGUAUCUAAAUUUAUUGAACACAAUGCAGAAAUGUUCUCUGAUACAGUAUAGUGAGGGACUUGCUUUUUUAACCUGUAGCAUAGAAUUAUUUGGUGUUUGAAAGUGUUGUGAUUAGAGAUUGACCACCUCAGUUUUCUGGAAAGACAUUCUCUACUAAAGUGUAAUACUUACCAUCACCUCGGAGGAAGAAAGGUGAGAACACAACCUGUGACCUGGAAGUACUCAGAGUUGUUAGUCUGAGCAUGAGCAGUAACCUUGCCAAAUAUGUACAUAUAUAUUUAUAUAUUUUAAAAAUAAACAUUUUUAAAAUGUUCAGAGGGCAACACUUAACCUUGCUCCUCUCAGUUAAUAUGAACGGUGACUCAGGACUUCACAGAGCAGUGGGAAGUUAGAAAUCGAGGACUUGAGCAACUGAAGAGAAUUAUUCCCCAUCAGGAAAAACGGCUCCGUGUGGAUUUUUAUUCAUUGUGGUGCACAUUUCAAGUUUUCUUGCAAAUUUUAUAACUUUUGAUGUUAAGUAGUAUUUUGAAGUAUGGUUUUGAAUCUAGCAGAACAUGGCGUGUACACCAUGAGAAGCACACAGUAUUAAUUUCACCGCAAUGGGCUGUGGGCUGCAGCAGCCUCAGUGGCUGUGAGCCACCUGCUGGAGAGGAGAGGAUGUUAGAGGUUCUGCUGGUUGUAGUCAGACACCUGCUCUGAAACUCACAGGAAUGUGGAAGUGCAUGUGUGCUCACCAUCUACCCUGCAGCUGUGAGGAGAGGAUGGCUAGAGCAGGUGUGGAGACCAGACCGUGCUCACUGCUCUACAGCAUGGAUGACAGCUGAUGUUGGUACAUCCGGAAUUCAGAGAGAUAGUUUUAUAGUGACUGUGGCCCUUCUGUUUAAUAGUUUGGUGUUGGCAAAUUUUCCUGUCCCAAUACCAGAAUGCCAAAGGAGGAAACAAUCAAGGGAAAAAUUUUAGGCCAUUUCUUAAUGUUUAAGAUUUGUCAUCUUAAACCAUAAUUUUUCUUAGAACAUCUUUGAAAUUUCUAAUCGCUUUGGUCAUUUAAGAAUGAGAGCUGUGAUAUUUUGAUUUAUAAAGGCAAACUUAAUGCAAAGUGGGUAACACUAAGUCCAUAGCAAAGUUUUUUAUUAAAUUUUUAUAAAUUUUUUAAUAGUUAAUUAUGUCCUAAUUGUAUUUUGGGGAAUGAGCAGCAGUAAAUACAACAGACCUAACAGUUUUCAUCCUUUUUUUAAAAUAUAUAUACAAAAGUAUAACUACUUUUUGGUGUUUAUCAAAACUAUUUAGUUGACAAGGUGCCUAUACCAUUCUUGAGAUUUUCUUUAAAUGUUUUAUCAAUAGAUUUGAUAAUUAAAAAAAAAAAAGUUCUGAAACCGAUCUUAACCAGGAGUUUCUGAAGGUCCAGCACCACUGUUAGUGUUCCCCAUCUGACCUCUUCUCCCUGUGGACUGUGUGUUCUUGCUCUUUGAGCAGGGCCAAACAUGACACAGGGAAGAAGGUGAAAAGCUCAGCCUCCCACCACUGCCAGAGAGGUGUUUUUAAAUGAGUUGGGGGGCAGGCUCAGAGUUCUGGGCACUUCUGUCUAGUUAAAGGUGGCCCAGCCUAUAAACUGUAACCUGUCGCUAUCUCAUGGCCAAAGUAAGGAGACAGGAAACAAAUUCACACAGUGGGAAGUGUAGACUCAUUUUAUGCUCACAGACAGAUGUUAGGCCAUCAUUAUCCCUGUACUUUUAUAAGGGCCUCAACUAAAUUCUGAAGUCCUCAAAUUUUUACAAUUAUUGGAAUAGGUCCCUGAGUUUAUCAGCCUGUUCAUUUAAUUCUCUUGCUCUAUGUGCAUAAAUAUUAAAGUCUCCAAAAAAAUGAAAUGUUAAUCAUUCUUAUUUUUACUCUCUAUUAAAUUGAAUAUGAUAUCAUUAGCUCUGCUCCAAGGGCAAAUUUUUCAAAUUCAAUCUGGGUGAAAAAUCCGCUAGUUUACAGAAAGAUUUGCUAUCAUAACCUCAAGCUGGCUUUUCUGUGUUGGUGUAAAUGACUGUGAUGCUGUCACAGGUUUUCCCAAGGUCACAGUUACGAGAGAAGCAUGUUGCGAGCAUUCCUGUCAUCUACACUGUGUGGUCUGGAGUUCCUAAGACGUAGACUAGCCUCAUGGUCUGUACAGUUUUCCAUGUGCACCGCCACAGCCUGCGAUGACACUGUACAGUUUUCCACGGUAGCAGUUUCUGUAUGCAGUAGGAUGAAAUAUUUUGAUGAACUGCUUAAUUUUUGGAUUUUAUUUUUUAAGUUGUAUAAUUUAUUUUCUUGCAAAAUAAAAGUGUAAUAUAAAA